AUGAGCAGGCAGGCACCAACGGUGAGAUCUGUCCUGGGACGAAGAGGCUUCAGUUCAGCCUCGGAGAUCUGCGGUCGCAGCUACGCCGCGUCCGCCAGCCAGCCGGUGCGGUGCGGCGCCUACAGCAGCAGGAGCGUUUGCAACCUGGGCGGCAGCAGGAGGAUCUCCUAUGUCAACGGGGGCUGCGGCACCAGCUGCUUUGGGGAGAUGGGGUUCGGAGGCAUGGGCUAUGGGAACGCUGGAGGAGGAAGGAUUGGCCUGUGCGGCCCCCGGGGAUACAGCAUCGUGCGCGGGUACCCCGAGCGCAAGACCGACGGCAUCCAAGGGAUCUGCAUCGACGAGCGGCUGCUGAAGCCCCUCUGUGUCGGGGUGGACCCGCUGGAACAUGAGAUACGCUGCCAGGAGAAGGAGCAGAUCAAGACCCUCAACACGCAGUUUGCCUGUUUCAUCGACAAGGUUCGAUUCCUGGAACAGCAGAACAAAGUGCUGGAGACCAAGUGGGGCCUCCUACAGCAAUAUGUGCUGCCAAAAAAAGGGAAAAACCUGGAACUGUACUUCGAGAAUUACAUCUGCGACCUGCGGAAGCGCCUGGACUGUUUGCUGUGUGAAAAGCAGAAAUUGGGCAGUGAAGAAUGUGCCACAAGCCAGCUGGUGGAGGAGUUCAAGUGCAAGUAUGAAGAGGAAAUCAACAGGCGCACAACCGUGGAGAAUGAAUUUGUGGCACUCAAAAAGGAUGCAGACUGCAUCUUCUUAAACAAGGAAGAGCUGGAGGUGAAAGUGGAUCUGUUAAGGAGGCAGCUGGAGCUGCUGAAAUGUGUGUUUGAGGAGGAAAGGGCCCAGGUCGACCGCCAGCUCUGCGACACCUCGGUCAUUGUCAAGAUGGACAACAACCGGGACCUGGACAUGGAAAGCAUCAUCAAGAACGUCGAGUGCUGGUACCAGGAGAUCGCCCAGAAGAGCAAAGAAGAAGUCGAUGCUUUCUACCAGACCAGGUUUCAGGAGCUGCAGGAUAAGAGAGGGAAAUACUGCCAUGACCUGCAGAGCAACAAGUGUGAGAUUUCAGAGCUGACACGGAUGAUCCAGAAGCUGCAGUGUGAGCUAGAGAGUGUCAAGAAGCAGGUCUCCUGCCUGCAAACCUCCAUCUGUGACGUUGAGCAGCGUGGGGAUUGUGCGCUCAAAGAUGCUCGGGAAAAGCACGUUGAGCUGCAGAAUGCUCUGCAGAAGGCCAAGGACGAGCUGGCCUGCAUGCUGCGGGACUAUCAGGAGCUGCUCAACGUCAAGCUGGCCCUGGACAUCGAGAUUGCCACCUACAAGACUCUGCUGGAGGGUGAAGAGAGCAGGAUAUGUGUGGGGAACCCUGUGAGCGUGUCUGUGGUCAGCAGUGGCUACAACAUCCCUGAAGACUGCGGGAUGAUGGCCAAUGGGGCCGUGUGUGGCUACGGCUCCCUGGGCAGGCGGGCCGGGCGACACAGCUCCCAGACCGGCGGAUUCAGCUCCCGGAGCACUGGGAUCCACCCCAAGAGAGUCCUCAGCUCCGUGGCCAAGCAGUGCAUCCCAGAGGUGUUUUGCCAGGCUGGAGGGGUCAGCUGCAAAGCCGGGGGAUUCAGCUCCCGCAGCGGGGGGUACCCAGCCCGCACCGUGGUCAGCGCUGGGAGCGCGGGCCUGAAUGCCAGGAUGGGGCCCUGCCAGGCUGGACAAGUGCUCAGCUUUGGGAACCAGGGCUGCGUCAUCCGGCAGCUGGCGGGGCCCCCCGUCGUUGUGUCCAGCAGCCCUGAGGUCGUGGGGUGCAACAACGGCGUGGUGGGGAAUUUUGGGGUUGUCAGAGACCCCUGUGUGGUCCCGUAG